AUGGGAACAGUGAGCUGUCGGCAGGGGCAACAUGCCCAGAUGGCUGCUCCUCAUAAGCAGGGUGGCAACAUCCCGGGGCUCUGGGUCCAAGGCUGGAAGAGCCUCUGGUCAGGUGUGGGGACCAGCAGGUCAGGUCUGAAAGAGCUGUGGGGACUACGGGGGCAUCAGUUUCUGCACCUGGAGCCAGCCACACUGGCAGUAGAGAAGCCUCUGCCUGAGUGGCCAGUGCCUCAGUUCAUCAACCUCUUUCUGCCGGAGUUUCCUAUUAGGCCCCUUAGGGGGCAUCAGCAGCUGAAGAUUUUAGGCCUUGUGGCUAAAGGCUCCUUUGGAACUGUCCUCAAGGUGCUAGAUUGUGGCCAGAAAGCAGUAUUUGCAGUGAAGGUGGUGCCUAAGGUAAAGGUUCUACAGAGGGACAUCCUGAGGCAGUGCAAAGAGGAGGUUAGCAUCCAGCGACAGAUCAACCAUCCUUUUGUACACAGUUUGGGGGACAACUGGCAGGGAAAACGGCACCUCUUCAUUAUGUGCAGCUACUGCAGCACAGAUCUGUACUCCCUGUGGUCCACUGUUGGCUGCUUUACUGAGGCUUCCAUCCGCCUCUUUGCUGCUGAGCUGAUCCUGGUGCUGUGCUAUCUCCAUGACUUGGGCAUCAUCCAUCGAGAUGUGAAGAUGGAGAAUAUCCUUCUGGAUGAACGAGGCCAUCUGAAACUGACAGACUUUGGUCUGUCCCGCCACCUGCCCCAAGGAACCCGAGCCUAUACUAUCUGUGGCACUCUUCAAUACAUGGCCCCAGAGGUCCUGAGUGGAGGGCCUUACAACCAUGCUGCUGAUUGGUGGUCGCUGGGUGUCUUGCUUUUCUCUCUGUCAACUGGAAAGUUCCCAGUGUCCGCAGAGAGAGAUCAUGUGGCCAUGUUGGCAAGUGUGACCCACUAUGACUCUGAGAUCCCAGCUUCUCUUAACCAGGGGCUCUCACUCCUACUCCAUGAGCUCUUAUGCCAGAACCCCCACCACCGUCUACGUUACUUGCAUCACUUUCAGGUCCACCCUUUCUUUCGGGGUGUGGCCUUUGACCCAGAGCUCCUACAGAAGCAUCCAGUGAACUUUGUCAUGGAGAUACAAGCUCCCCAGCCCAGUCCAUCAUCGGAGUCUAUGUUCUUCAAGGACUUUGACUGUAAUCUGGAGUCCUUCCUGGCCCACUCCAGCCUGGCUUGAGCACCUCCACUGUAGUUGGGGACCAUCGGGGAACCUGAGGACCUCCUCCACUGCCAACUCAGUGUAACCAUCCUGAUGAUUCAGUUUAUUUUUACUCUGUAGCCUCUUAUCAUUCUGUUCCUCUAGGUGUUGGACCAGAGUUCAGACUGGGCAUUUUGCUAUUGGCAGCCACAAUGCCCUUAGUCCUUACCCCAUCAUACAACCCAUCUCUCAAUUCAACAUCUCAGAUCAGAGUGUGGACCUUUUCCUUUGUUUUAUUUCUCCAGUGCUUAUACCUGUGGUU